UAAAGCAGACCUUUUCCAGUACGCUUUCCAUUCUCUUACAGCUGUGCUGUUUGUCUGUAAAACACGUAUUGUUGUGUAUUCAGCACGGACCUGCUUAGCAAGUAUCUGUUGCCCCUCCCUUACACGAAGACUCCGCCUACUCGAUUCUUAUAACUCAGACCUACACCAAACUACAGGUGGAUUUAGUGACGAGCAUAGCGGGCUUAGUUUGCUAUAUCAUUUAUUUACAUUUGACGAGAAAACCGGACGAUCUGAGCAAAAAUGUCUCUGGCUAAGGAUCUGAUGCACCCAAGUUUUGCGGAGGAGAGGAGGCGGCAUAAGAAGAAGAGGCUGGUGCAGAAUCCAAACUCUUACUUCAUGGAUGUUAAAUGCAUGGGGUGUUACAGGAUCACCACCAUCUUCAGCCAUGCCCAGACAGUGGUGCCCUGCGCAGGCUGCUCUAUAAUCCUCUGUAGGCCACGAGGUGGGAAAUGCAGACUGACAGCAGGCUGCGCCUUCAGAAAGAAACAGACAUGAACAGUAAUGAACCUGGAACCAUGCAGCAGAAACGCCCAAGGAUAAUCGAGGCUGAGCGAUGCCACGUUGCAAAUCCUCAGCAAAUAGAGAAAUUGCCUCUAUUUAUCUAAAUGAGUACGAUUUUACCCCCGUGUGGGGCUGAAUGAGACAGAAUCAUAUCCAUGUACGCUCCAAA